UCGCAUGUCGAACUUCCUUACCAGCCACUUGCAUUUUUCGCCCGUCCAAUUUCGAGUCCCAUACUACUUUACUUUGUACAUUCCCAUUCUUGGAACUUUCUGCCAUUUCCCCCUUCUUCACUCUUGUCUUUGAGCCCAUUUUUCAUCUUCUCGGUUCUUUGAUUGAUUGACAUGCAUUCAUGAUUGAUUAGUCCUGGAUCGAACAAAGCAAUAAUCCCAUCCUGCUGCCGAUACUAUUCAUCGCUCUAUCAACCUACACCAGCGCCAAACCAAUCUCCGACCCACGCCCGGCCAUUUGGAUUGACCACUACGAUCCGACUACGUUGAGCUUCUAUCGUGCUUUUGACAUAAGAAUUACAAUCUUCCUAUUUUACGGUGCAUAUUCCGUGAGAGCUGAGAACGACCCAAUCCCUUCAUUGGUCUCGUUGCGAAUCGAGCGCAUCCGAGUGCCUCUGCGGGGCGGACAUCUACGCUCUUUUGAUUUCAGCGAGUAUAAGCCAUGGCUGGACGCGGACGUCCAAGAGCAAGGGCGCGUGGUGCUGCCAGCGCAAAUAGACCGGGUGAUCCACUCCCAUAUCCGAGAAAGAGAAGAUAUAGACCUGGUACAGUUGCACUGAAAGAAAUUCGGCGGCUGCAAAAUAGUACAGACCUGUUGAUGAGGAAGUUACCAUUCUCGAGAGUUGUUCGUGAAAUAGCUCUUAGUAUACGGCCAAGAGAUGAAGGUAUGCGUUGGCAAUCACAGGCCAUAUUAGCGCUCCAGGAGGCGGCCGAGGCCUUCCUUGUCCACCUAUUCGAGGACUCGAAUCUAUGCGCUAUACAUGCGAAGCGCGUCACAAUCAUGCAAAAAGACAUACAACUUGCAAGACGGAUCCGUGGCGUCUGGGGUGGCAUUGGCUAAAUUGAAGCUCCCAGACAGCUCAUCGCUGUCUUCAAGUCGGCUACCUACACUUCUGUCAUAAGCUGGAUAGGGAGAUACUUGGAGCAUUACUAAUUUGUUCACCGGGACCCGACUACUGCCUGUUCAGUGUUGCGAGCUCUGGUAAGAAUAUGCCUACGUGUUAUAAUUAUAUACUACCCUCAGAUGUAAUUGACUGAGAGGAAGCAAAGAUCAGCGGGCGUUCGGGUUGCAUCUUUUUCAAGGACUAUUGGCAUUGUCCUGGAUGGGGCCGGGCGAGGCUAUAGUGGCAUGUGUUUAAGAAGAUACCAAUGAACUAGUAAAAGUAAUUCCAGUCGCAUAUAUAAUAACUCUUAUCCUAUGAAUCUCUGGGCUAUUGUUGUCUGUAAAUCGAUAUGUUAGGUUAUAU